ACAAUCGCGCCCGCCUGCGCGAAGUUUCGGUUCAAAUUUUGGAAAAUUCGCAGGAUCAGUCGCUCGGUAAAUGCUCGUUGGAGAUCAUCGGUUGCUAUGGAUUAUCGCUGCAGGAUGCUGUGGAUGCUGCUUGGUGUACUGCUGAUUCAUCAAACUAGUGCCCAGUUUAACAUGCAACUCUGCCUGAGCUGUGCCGGCGGAGAAACUUCCUGUAAUGAUGAAAGAAUUGGUGCGUUUUCCUGUCCGAACGCAUCCGAUCACUGCUACGUACGCAACAUCAACGGCCGGAUCGAUCGGGGAUGCCUGCAAAACUUAACCAACGAGGCAGAACGUAGCCCUUGCCUCAACGAGGCGGAUUCGUCCUGUUUGACGUGCAGCGGUUUGGUUUGCAACCGGGCAUUGUGGCCAACUUGCCACGUGUGCCAGGAAUCGACGGACGAUGCCACUUGUCGUGAUGGCCAGCCGGGAGCUGGAGCUUUCUGUGGGAGGUUCAGCGAGGAGUCCGGCUGCUUUGAGCGGAUCGUCAACGGAAGGGUUGAGCGAGGAUGUCGGUCAGACUUGGGCGAGGAUCCCUGUGAUGGGAACGAGCAUUGUCGGGUGUGUGAAGGCAGCGAUUGUAACAGGGAUGCUGCCCGGGAGUUCCAAGUAACUAAAUGUGUUCAAUGCAAGGCUGAUGGAACUGAUGAAGACGGGAGCUGCUUGAGUGGGAGCAUAGCUCCUACAAACUGUGGAGGACCUUCCGAUGAGAAGUGUUACUCAAGAAUACUUCCAGGAGGAAUUCUCGAGCGAGGAUGUCAAGCAAGCUUGACGCAGGAUGAAGUUCAGAAUUGUAAUGGAACCAAGUGUAAUAUAUGCCAGGGAGACGGAUGCAACAGAGGGAUCUUCCCGGUGGAUCGCCUAACUUGUAACCAGUGCAAGUCAAACAACUCCACCGAUUGUGGACUGGGACUGACCGAUGAGUCCAAGACGGUAGUGUGUAAGAUCUUUAAGGAACACAACAGAUGCUAUUCCAGAUUCGGUCCAGACGAUCACUUUGAGCGAGGUUGCGAAGCAGACAUGGGUCUCCAGGCGAAUGCCUGCGAUAACGUGCGGGACUGCAUGGUCUGUGCGGGCAAGAACUGCAACACGAUCGCCGCGGCCCAACUGGAGCAGCUUCCAAAGUGCCAGCGAUGCAGCUCGGCUGACGAUCAUAACUGCGACGAAGGAUCCGUUACGCCAACAAUCUGCGGCGAUCAUCUGGAGGACGCUUGCUUCACCCGGAUUGAGAACGGUGUUCUGGAGCGGAACUGCCUGUCAACCCUCGGCGAAGCCGAGAAAGCCAAGUGUGACGACCCAGCGGACACUUCCUGCCACAAGUGCUCCGGACAGGGCUGUAACCAGCAAGAGUGGCUCAAAUGCUAUCAGUGCAAUUCCGCCACGGACAAGUCUUGCUCGGCAGAGCAAAGAGAUAACCACCACUCGGCGUAUUGUCGCCAUCAGCACGAUGAAGAUCACUGCUACACAAGGAUUGUAGAUAACAUCCUGGAGCGUGGCUGCCAGUCGGACCUGGGCGAGGACGUGGACGCGUGCGAUGAUCUGGACGACAUGCACUGCGAAGCUUGUGACGACGCCAGCUGUAAUGGAAUCUCGCAGAGUAAGCUCAGGAAUGCGGCCGCGAAUCUCGCUGGGAAUCUUGUGCUCAUGGUCACCGCCGCGGUGGCGGUGGCUGUGAGAAUGGUUUAGGUGUAUUUUGAGCAUAGCAAUAACAGGUAAAAUAUUUUAGAAUUAUUAAAGGUGCCUUUAAAAACUCAAGUCGUGGUCGGCUUCCCGAUUCACUGUAAUCGUUUAAUAAAUGUGGAAAAUAGAAUUCUUUUCACUUUGUUGAUUUUGAUGAAAUGAUUUAGCGAACUUUGUUAAUUGCAUCAUGGUCUUAUAAAAAUGUAAAAAAAAUGUUGCACGUUCUCAAU